UAAGACAAAUCAAACAAGAUCACACAUGACUAUUUUUAGACUUACACAUUGAGAGAAUUUGAUGAGUCAAAGUGCUUAGAUGAACAGUUCCAAAAGUCAAAACUGGACAAAAAGAGUGGGACGGAGGCCUAGGGUUCAACCAAGGCAUGGAUUCUGACAAGGGCGUGCACGGUGGUGAUGGCGCACAAGGACUAGACAGAGGAUGAUUCCGGCGAGAAGAAAUUACAGGUAAUGCAUUUCCACAUCACACUCUUGCAUUAAGAAUAAAUUUGAUGGGCAAGCCUAAGAGAGCAGGGGGUUUAGGACUUAAGAACAUGAUACAUUGGAACUAUGCCUGCAAUCAGGCACUUAUGUGGGAUAUAUCAAGCAAAAAGGAUAUCCUGGAUCCACAAUAGGUACUUAAAACAUCACACCAUCUGGGAGAUCCAGCCCAAACCCGGGAUGUGCUACUACCUGAGGAAAAUACUUAACAACAGGAAAUUAUUCUCAGGUAUGAACAUGAAUGGAGAAUAUGACACUCAAAAAGGAUAUGAAUGGAUCAUGGGUUCCCCUACAGAGUUCAAAGCUCAUCAUAUUGUAUGGAAUAAACUGACUAGUCCUAAACAUCAGUUCUUUCAAUGGCUUAUCUGGAGGAAUAGAUUGAACACCAGAGUAAGGCUUAGCAGAUUCAUGGAAAUUGAUACAAAUUGUGUACUCUGUAAUGCUGGAAAAGAGGACAGAGAACACCUGGUCUAUGUGUGCUCUUAUAUGAAAAACAUUAAGGCAGCAAUUGGGCAGUGGAUACACUAUAGAUGGCUGGCCGAAAAUGAUGAUGAUAUGAUGGAAGAAAUCAAACAAAUAAAGGGAAGAAAGAGGAGGCAAAUAGUGAUGGCUGCUUUUGCUGCAAUCUGUUAUGCGGUCUGGAGGGCGCGCAAUAUGAGAAUUAAGCAACAAAAGAUGGUCUCUUCGAAAGAAAGUAAAGAGUGGAUCAAAUUCCACAUGAAAACAUUUAUAAACCAUAAACUCAAGGGAAUUUGCUUACAGUAGAGUAUAUUAGAUUAACUGUUUGAUAUUCUACUAAUAUGUUGUAUAAGGGAUAUUUCUGAGGUGGUGAAUGAAAUAUUUGCGCUUUU